AUGACCUCUCGUCGCUCCCCCAAGGGGACGCACCCGCCUCAGCCGGUUGAUAGCCCUCUUACGCAGGACAGCGCUCAUGAACAGCAGCAGCAGCAGCAGCAGCAGCAACAGCAGCAGCAGCAGCAGCAGCAGCAGCGCAGCAGCAGCAGCAGCAGCAGCAGCUACAAGAUGACCGACAGCAGCAAUGGCAGGAGAGAUGCUGCUGCUGCUGCUGCUCCUGAUGCUGGAGAUGGGGCUUGUGCUGCUCCUGCUGCUGCUGCUGUAGAUGCAGAUGCUCCUGCUGAUGCUGGAGAUGGGGCUUGUGCUGCUGCUGCUGCUGCUGCUGCUGCUCGAGAUGGUGCUCGUGAUGCUGCUGCUGCUGGAGAUGGUGCUAGUGCUGCUGCUGUUGCUGGAGAUGGAAACCUCUGCCGGCACGCGGUAAGCACCACCCCUGCAGCAGCAGCAGCAACAGCAGCAGCAGCAGCAGCAACAGCAGCAGCAGCAGCAGUAAGCUUGGUCUUGUGUUGCUGUGCUUUGCUGCAGCACGGGCCGGAGGAGAUGCGUGGUGUUGCAGUGGCGGCGUCAGCAGCCCCGAAGAAGGGUCUGACAGAGAUGCGUGGUGUUGCAGUGGCGGCGUCAGCAGCCCCGAAGAAGGGUCUGACAGGUUCAGCAGCAGCAGCAGCAGCAGCAGCUGCUGCUGCUGCUGCUGCUGCUGCUGCUCCUGGUGCAGCACCUUGUGGUUUGGGGGCCCUUGCCGAGCUAGCAGAGGGAGAGGUGAGCAGCAGAAGCAGCCUGGGGAGCUCAUCGAGCAACAACAGCAGCAGCAACAGCACCUGCACCUCUUCUCCUGCUCCGUGUCAGUCUCCUUUCUCCUUUGCUGGAGCUGCAGCAGGAUGUGCAGCAGCAGCAGCAGCAGCAGCAGCAGCAGGAGCAGCAGCACUUGGUGCAGCAGUGCAGCAGGGAGGACCCCAAGGCAGAGACUUGCUAGAUAUAGGGGCGGGCCAAGACAUCGAAGAUAAGACGAACCGUGUGCAGCACCAAGCCGACAACAGGCAGCAGCAGCAGCAGCAACAGCAGCAGCAGCAGCAGCAGCAAAAAGGGGCAGCAAACUAUCUCUCCGUCACGCCGCCCCCCCAAGCAGCCGUGGGGCCCUCCUGGGUUUUUGAGGGGGGGGCCCUAUGCCCAGACUACCCUGUACAGGCUGCAGCAAUUCACGGGAGAGAGCAGCAGCAGCAGCAGCAGCAGCAGCAGCAGCAGCAACUGCAGCAGCAGCAAGGGAGACUUCUGGGGCAACAUAGCAAGACACUGAUGCAGCAACGCCACCUCUCAGGACAGAAAGCAGCAGCACUUCCACCGCUAGCUAGGAAGCUGCCGAAGGGUGUGCAGAGACAGCUAAGACAGCAGCAGCAGCAGCAGCAGCAGCAGCAGCAACAGCAGCAGCAGCAGCAACAGCAACAGCAGCAGCAACAGCUGCUGCUGCUGCACUCGCAACGCCAGGGACGGUACAGUCACAAAGAACUGCAGCAACAGCAACAGCAAACAGCACAGAGCCACAGGCGGAGGCCUCUGCUGCAGCAGCAGCAGCAGCAGCAGCAGCAGCAGCAGCAGAUGCAGACAGCCCACCAGCUGUACUCUUGGAUGCCGCGUCAGCAGCGGCUGCCAUGGGAUGGGUUGCAGCAGCAGCAACGACAGCAGCAGCAGCUGCAGCAGCACCAGCUCAGUGGGAGUCUCCAGCAUAUUCUUUCUCAGCAGCCAAACCUACCGCAAGAAGCUGUGCUGCUGCUGCAGCAGCAGCAGCAGCAGCAGCAGCAGCAAACAAGUGCUGGCGUCAUGCAGGACGGUAUCUGGCAGCAAGAGCAGCACCAUCUCCACCCGCUAACCCCAGACAGCGCUACUGUGUUUGAUAGAGAGCUUGGUGGUGACCCGGCGAACCUGUUGCUGCAGCCGCUGCAGCAGCAGCAGCUGCAGCAGCUGCAGCAGCAACAGCUGCAACAGCAACAACAGAUGCAGCAGCAGAGAACAGCAAAGGACGCAGCAUUCGGAUCGCAACACGCACAGCAGCAGCAGCAGCAGCAGCAGCAGCAGCAACCGGCAGCAUGGAAGGCAGAUAGGCUUUUGUCUCUAUGGGACCAGCCUGAUGUGCAGCAGCUGCAGCAGCUGCAGCAGCAACAGCUGCAACAGCAACAACAGAUGCAGCAGCAGAGAACAGCCAAGGACGCAGCAUUCGGAUCGCAACACGCACAACAGCAGCAGCAGCAGCAGCAGCAGCAGCAACCCGCAGCAUGGAAGGCAGAUAGGCUUUUGUCUCUAUGGGACCAGCCUGAUGUCUGUUGGAGCAGCAGCAGCGAGAUGCAGCAGCAGCAGCAGCAGCAGCAGCAAGGACCUGCAGCAACACUCUCUAGUGACACAGACUUUGUGGAGAGCCCUAUCUCCGAUAGUCUCGUGCUGCUGCCGCAGGAGGGUAUCUCAGUUCCUGUGCGUGAGGGGGGAUUGCAGCAGGAGCAAGAGCAGCAGCAGGAGCAGCAGGAGCAGCAGCAGCAGCAGCAGCAGCAGCAGCACGUGGACCCAUUAGAGGCGGGUUGUGGGGGAGGCAGCCCAUCAGCAGGAGCAGCAGCAGCAGGAGCAGCAGCAGCAGCAGCAGAUGGAGCCGUGCAGCUGCUGCCUUUUGUUGCUGCUGGUACUGCUGGCAACGCCGCGAGGCCCGUGCCCCUCGACGCCCCAGACUGCAGCCGAGUUUUUCACUCAAAGCAGCAGCAGCAACAGCAACAGCAGCAGCAGCAGCAGCAGCAGCAGCAGCAGCAGCAGCAGCAGCAGCAGCAGCAGCAACAGCAACAGCAGCAGCAGCAGCAGCAGCAGCAGCAGCAGCAGCAGCAGCAGCAGCAGCUUGAGCUGUGA